CAGCAGAUUGAAAUCACAGAUAUGUUGACGAGCGUGCCGCACAUGACGACAGCGGUGGUGCCUACAACACCGCGGCGCUUGUCUCGUUAUUUUGCACCUCGCUCCAUUUUAUUCUUACACUGUUGUCUGCCUUUGGUGAGGGAUUGCAGGAGUCCUGGAAGUAUGAGGCGGUGGAGAAGGAGGUUGUCCUACAAGGUUGUGCUCGAGCGCUUGGGCGACAGGAUUAACGGGAAGGAGCUCAGUUCGGCAAGGGCUACGGCCACGAACAGUGGUUCUCUCGGGUCGUGCAUUACGUCAAGAUAGAGCUGGCCAAGAACAAGACUUAUACGCAGACAUAUCCCUUCUGAAUGAACGCUUCGGGAGGGCGGAGAUGAAACACCUCAGGGACUGGUUCGUCACGCAGAAGCAGAAUUACACCAAUGCCACGAAAAAGAAAGGCACGGGCUUGGAAGGGGGCCGUAUUCAGAGGUCUCCCAACAAAUUCCAGCAGCUGAGGGCCCACGUCUUCUCCGGCAACGCUGCUGCGAACAAGCGGAAGUUUAUGAGGGGGGUUGUCAACGGGAAGCGCCCCAAGGUCGCGCCUGCAGAUGCCGCUGGUGCCGCUGCGCCGGUGGCGGUGGAGGAGGAUGCCGAGGAGGAACCUCCUAUGGAAACAGGCGGAGAAGGAGGUGACUGGCCCUCCUCGGAAUCGGAAGACGAAGAUGAACUGCGCAGUCGAGGGGGGGCUAGGGGAGAGGGCGGUAUGACUGACGGCGACUUGGAAGACGCGGCUGACGACAGCUCACCAGACGUGGUGGAAGUAACGCGUGAGGGUCGCCGGGCCACCUUGCAAGGCGUGUAGAGGCAAGCGGAGUGGCCUAUCUGUCGUUGACUUCUAUUGGCUUGCGGACCCAUCGGGCCCUUUCUAUGUUCGCAUACCUUUCUGGGGUAAGUUAGUCUGUGACCACGGGAAUCGACCCCGUCAAGUGUUAGGCUGGUACGGACAGAUGGUACUGGACGGACAGUAUUUAAUGUGAGUACAACAAGGGCAAGAAUUAACUGCUGUUUCGAUAUUUUGGUCCGAGUUGUUCCAACACUCUUGCGAAUGUUGCAUGCCUGGCAGUGCAGUGUCUUCGCUUCUCUUGUCGGUUAUUUCUUUCUCAAGUGGCCUCGGUGUGUUCUGUCAGAGAAAUACACCGGUGCUGGAAAAUGUAGCGGGGAAAGUCUUCCUUGCAUAUAUAGUCUUUAUGUAUAUUUAUUUAUUUUUCAGUUGCGAUUCCUCUUGGUCGGUUGUUUGUCGGUUGCUUCCCUUUUGUCAUGUGCCUCUCACUAGGGAUAAUAAACGAGAACCGAGUUGUUGUGGAUGGUGCUUCACCUGUGACCAUGUGCGGCGUUGGCGUACUUAGCAUGUUUGGUUCGUGGAGCAUUGUUUGUGACGGCUACAAAUUGCAAUGUGAAGACGACAAACAGGGCACUUUUUUUCUCCGGGUGCGGACUGCCAUGCGCCCCCACGCUUUAGGGCGCAGGCUUCGAAAUUUUUGGUUUGCGUCCAGGAACACGAAACCUCCGGAGCUGAGCCCAUUGACUUCGACUCAAUGUUGCGAUUCAAAUAAAAAAAUUUGAUCUUUUUCCUCGCCGUUCACCUCAUCAUGACACUUAUCGGGGUGCCCCUCCUACAUAAUACACACGCACGGUCCCGUUGUGUCGAUACUCACACAGUAGGCUGGUGCUGCAGGGGCUUGUGGGGUGCAAUACGUCAUGACAUAGGCCCAACGUAUGCAUUGAAUCCUUGACGCCCACUCGGCCACUGCAGUCAAAGACUUUACAUUGUAUUUGGACAUUCUUGGGUCUCGUUACCACGUUACAAGCCUACCUGAAGCACACCCUAACUCUGCAAACAUUCAACCGACUCUCAACGUUUGAUGCUAAGGUUAAGUGGAAACACCACCCUAUUGCACGACUAGCCCCUAGCUUGCCCAUUUUACUCCAUAUUACUGUACCUCCUGUCCUCUAAAUGCCUCAUCACUUGCUAGGGCCUCGACACAAAAUGAAGACAUGUGCAGACAGACUACCGGUAUGCCAUACAAGAAGUGAGACACAGGCGGCCUGUCCCCUGACCCCGUAACCAUACUCUAGCGAAGGAAAACUACAGGCAAAAACAGACAUUGCAGAUUAUAACCCCACGAGCCUCAGUGUAUCAACGCGCUGUGCCGUUGGUCCUCCUCGCGAGCCUCUCGUUUCGUUUGCGUUUUCGGUCCAUUCGCGAGCCUGCAACUCCGCACUCCCUCCGCAGGAAAUUGCGGCGGAGGUAGUCGACCUCCCUGACCCUCUCAGAAUCGAAGGGGCUGGCACCCUGCGAGAGUGCGCGUCCAGUGCCGUUCCUCGUCGGGGCAUUGUCGACUCCGUGGUCGGCAGGUGAUCGACACUACGCGGGUCGGUAGAAGAUUGUAGCGUGUGCGCACUAGGUAGUCGGCAUGAUUUGUUCAAAUUUCAUGGGUGUCUUCGGAUUGUGCAGUUCGCAAGAGCUCAUGACGGGAGUACCCACAGGUCGGCAAUGUUGUAUGUACACUUGCAUGGAGCUUGGGCAAACUCCACGAGCCAAAAGUGUUCGUCCGUAUGGAGUGGUCGUUUGUGCAUACUGGAGCCGGCCAUACAAACGUCCGUCUUCCUCUACCAAUGCUGAAAUCACACUUGUUCGACCUUGGGACUGUUAGGGGUGUCAAAGCAGCAAAUUUCCUAUAGGAAAAAAAUUGAAAAAGUUACCUCGGAUCUUCCUGAUGGAAAAUCGACUGACCAAUACAUUUGCACGGAACGGUCCGAAAGCUCCCUAAAAACACCUGACGCGCACGCGCGAGGGCGCCGCUCAUGUGUGUGCUCUGAUGUGCCCUGCUAUGGGAC